AAGAGCGACUGACGAGUAUGAUGAUCGACGAGUAGAAAGCGUCGGCCGCCAUAAACACAAUACAAAAUUCUCUGUAUUUCAUGCUAAAUUUGGAGGCAAAACUAUGAAUAAGUCCGAUGUCAAUUUUAGCAUGAACAAUCAGUCUCCAAUGUCCAGAUCUGCUGAAGGAAACGGCGUCAUUCGUUAUGAUUCCGAUUUUUCUAGAAUCGAGGAGUUGAUUAAAGGAAGCACUUUUUCCAGGGAAGAAAUCUGCCAUUUGAUUGAGGUAUUAAAGUCUAGGGUGGACAAUGAUGGGGAGAAGCAGAAAUCAAGCAUUGAUGCUGGAGGGGAUACUGAACUUGUUUCAUGGAGGCAUGAAACCCGAAGAACACCACCUGAAGAAAAACAGCAAGAUAUUGAUGGAACCAUGAUUGGUGCUUUUCGUGAAAUGUCAGAUGUUCCAGUUGGAGUUAGUGCUUCCCCAAUUGAUAUUGCUCGUGCAUAUAUGGCUGGUCGUACUUCUGAAGGUGGCUAUGACCUCUAUAAUUUUACGUCAAAAGGGGAAAGAGCUAAACCAAUCAAUGAAUUUGCAAGAAAGCCACUUUUGCCAUCACCUUCGCCCAAGCCAUCCAUAUGUUGGCCUGGUGCCAUGGUGCAUGAUCGUCAUGGUUAUACAACACCACAGAAUCAGAGGAUGAGGCAUAGGCUUCAUGAUUUUCCAAGAACCCCCUAUUCAAGAACAAUAUUAUCGAAGUCCUCAACCAAGUUGCAAGCUGACAGCGGAUAUCCAAACACAUCAACUUCCUUCCAACAAUCCCUGACAUCCAUUUAUGGGCCGGUAAACUCGAGGGAUGACACAAAUGAUGGCUAUGGAUCUGUGGGUCCUAUUCGUCGUAUUAGGAAUAAAUUUGCUUCAGAAGUCCGUCCAAGGGGAUCUAUUUUCUUGAGUUCAUCUAAAGACAUUCCUUCAAAAACUGCAACACCCAAAGUUCUUGGAGGCUUCUUGCCUAGUACAGAGAAGAAUCUGGAACCUGGCGAAACAAGUGGCGCCUCAAAGCAAUGGUCAGGAGACGAUGUAUCAGGUUCCUCUGAUAAGGCUAUUUCAAAUCCAAUAUCGUCUAGUCAGGCAGUCAGGAAAAUACUGGAACACCUUGAUAGAAACAAGCCCACCCCUAAAGAAAAAGAAGCUGAAUUGAAGUUGGCGACUUCAUGGAGAAGAUCUUCGCCUUCUGUGACUAGUGAUACAACUCGCGAGGAAAAUAUCAGCUCUGUGCGUGUAGGAGAGCAUGCUUCUCUCAAGCAUACUGAUAUAGCUGCCCCAAACUUUCCUGUGGAACUGAAAAAAAGUAGCAGCAAUUCCAAUAUUUUAAUCAGUAUCCAUGGGAAAGGCGUGGAUGAGGCAAAAGAUGCAGUUAAUGCAAAUGCUAAAGCAUCCAGUACUUCUGGCUCUAGUAUCUUACCUGCUGCAAAUUCGAUUCCAUCUUUUGGUAUUAAGAGAACUAAUCCGGUGAUCAAAAGUUCGAAUGAGAAUGCUUUUGCCACCAGUAAUCGUGGACAGACCGAGACUAGUUUGCUGUUUUCUCAUCCUCAUCUGAGUAACGGACAGGAUGCAAAGACAGCAGACACUGCAGCUGCUUCUGAGCUUUCAAAAAAUCAUGGAACCAAACACUCAUUGCCAUCAAUUUCUAUCAACAAGCCUGAUUUUCGUGCAAUUCCCUUUGACAAUGGCCCAGGGUUCACUUUUCCUGUUUCUGCUUCCUCGGGUGUUCUGUCAGAACCGCCAACUCCAUCUAUCACACCAUCAUCUUCAGCAGGUACUCUAUCGCAGCCUAUCGGUGCACCUGUUAUUCCUUCCUACAGUUUUGGCACCAAGAACUCAAUGCCACGACUUGUUUUCUCGUUUCCAUCUACCAGCACUGCCUCAACCAGUAAUCAUUCUGAUCUUAAAUUCAGUUUCGGAUCAGAGAAGAACACUAGGCUAUCUUUUAGUAACCUUGGCACAGAUGCCAUCUGCUAUUAACUAGGCUGGUUUUCCGUUUAGAUAUUAACUAAUCCUUUUGUAUGUUUCUGGGCUUAAUUGAUUUAGUUCUCCUAUUUUCUUUAUAAAGGAUGAGUGGAUUGGAUAACGCCUAGCUUUUUUUUUGAUAUAAUGAAAUGGUUUCGCUCA